AUGGGCAAUGUUCAAACUAAUUACAUAGACCUUUAUUUAAAGGAAGGAAAUCGAUCAACUCACAAUGCUAAAUUGGAAUAUAAUAAAAAAUUGUAUGAACAGUGCCCUAAUUUUGAAAUUGUAACAUACAAUAUCAAAUAUAAUCAUCAAUAUAGUUAUUUUUAUAGGUCAUAUUUUUGUAUUACAAUAGAUGAUUUUGAAGAUACGACGUUGUUUGAAUAUUUCAAUCCUGAAAGCAAGGAUCACUUAAUCGAUAAGAUUGAGAUUUAUUAUUGGCUAUUUAAGCCUAAAAAUCCACUAAUUAUCGUAUUUACUACAAACAAUGGAAAAAAAUAUCAUUACAAAUUUUAUUAUUUGAUAUGGGCAAAUUCACUUAUUUAUAACAAGCUCAUUACUGAACAUUUUAAUGAAUCUCAAUUGAAAGAUGAAUUAAUAAAGGAGAACAAUGACGUGAAUAAAAAGUUUACUUUAAAAGUAGGAUCUGGUGUUAAUAUUCAUAUUUUGACAAUAAAUGAUGUUGUAUCAGGUGAAAAUGCCGACUUAGUAUUAUUUAAAAAAAUUAUAUUUAUACCUAAAAGAGAUACAACUAAAUCCGGCAAUCCUGUAUUGUAUACUAGCACUCUAUUAUCAUUACAAAAUCGAGAUCAUGGAUUUCGAUAUCACACCGAUUUUUCAUACUUAAUUGAUCUUAAUGAACAAAAAUUUAAUGGAGUCGUUGUAUACUAUACAGGUAAGCACAAACCUCCCGAAAACAUACCAGUUCUCAUCGAGUUUUACAAUGACUGUAAUAAAAUACAGUUUUGUAAAAAGGAUAAAGACUGGUUCUAUUGGGAGAAAAAAACGGUUAGUUAUUGGAGUUCGAUAGGAUUGGAAGCUGAAUUGUUGAAAUUAAAACAAGCUUCUGAUAGUUAUGAUAAGUUAACAUAUGACUUGGAUAAUAAAAAAAAUUACAGCAAUGUUGGUGUUAGUCUGGAUACCGAAUCAACUAGUCAUUACUCAGUUUAUUCACACACUCCAACCGAUCAACAGUUAACUCAUAAAAAAACGACGAUUUUGAUCAAAAAUCAAGAGAUCAAAAUGAAAGACGGCAAAAAAUAUGAAAAAAUCUUGUUUGAUGUGAGCACUUAUUUUUUGAUUAGUAAUACAGGUAUGGAGGAUAAUAAAUUUUUUUUGAUAAAAUUUAUUGAGACAGAUGAAGAAGGGUACGUUGGAACACCAGCUUAUUACACUAAAAAUGAAGAUAGUGAGGAAACGUGGACACAAUUAGAUAUUCUUUUUAAUGAAGCACAGGAAAGAUUGGGGAAGAUACUUGAGCUUGAAUUUUAUGGUUCGGAUUUCAAGAACAUGAGAAACGAUGCAUAUAACAUUUUAAACGAAAAACCGCCUAUUACUUUUAAAAAACGAUCAUCUGCAACAUCAGUGUCACAUAAAGACGUCCGUGUUAUAUCGAUAGGAAGAGAUGGACGUCCAAUGGUUCAAAUAAGUCCACAUCAGAUUAAAAUUGAAAAAGAUAGAGCUUCCACUAAACCACAUUCCAGAGAGAAAUCUAAGGGACCUAAAUGUGCAACAAUUUCCCAUAUUCCAGAAUACGUACAUAAAGAUGAUUCCAAUCUCACAAAAGUAAUAGUUUUGUUACUUGAAAAACAAUGUUCAUAUGGCGAUAACGAUGUUAGUAUGGCCCUUAAGCAAUCAUCAUUAGAUCCCAAGAAAUGCAGAAUAUUAAAUCAGACGACAAUUGUUACCGGAAUAUCGACCGAAGGGACUCGUCAGUGUGUCGAUAAAUAUGGUUUCAAUUUAAUUCAGCACUAUUUUAUUAAUCUUAACGAGAUAAUUAAGAAAGUGAGUUACGAUGUUGAAUUAAAAGUUUUUAUACGUAACAGUUAUAGCAGCGAUAAUUUCAGUGAAUUAAAGUUAUAUAAAACGGAUACUGACACCACACCCAUCAAAUUAGAUUAUAAAAGAUUUAACGACGAUUUUUACGUUUACUUUUACGGAAACGAUCCCAGGCCCCUUCUAUUUUACUAUGAUGGCAAAACCUACAGACCCAAUUCAAUAUUUGAUUAUUAUAAGAGUUGGAUUCAUGUUCCUGAAAUCACAGAUUUUUCGUGUGAUAAAGAUAGAAGCACCAAAUUGUUGGAUAAGCUUUCUGAAAUUGUUGGAAUAUUGAAUGUGGUACAUCUCAGGCAAAGUCAACUUUUUACUUAUGCAGGGGCCAAUGGCGAUGAAACACAAAAUACACUAAUUUAUGCUGUACAUGAAUUUGAAGACAAACACGUUUUGGUUAAGCUAACACAUAGUAAAACUCGUACUUAUAGUAUCUGUACUCAUGUUCCCUAUGGGAUUGAUGGCGAUGGAGAUGGCUUUAGGCUGGGAAUUAUUACAUAUGAUGGCACUACAAACACUAUAGCAAAAUAUGAUAUGAAACGCCAAUUAGUAUAUGUGGCUGCCUAUUAUAGUCUUAAUGAUAAAAACCUUGAACGGCCUCUCAUGUUAGAUCUUGGUUAUAAACCUGAAAUUAUCGCACCCGAACUUUCUUACUAUGAUUAUUUCACUGAACUUGAGCCAGAAGACUACAAGUUAAUCCCCGAUAUUAAACCUUACUUUACUAACGAAUAUCAUACUUUACAACCGCCUCUAUCUUCUAAACCCCCAGAUACACCUUCUUUAACUCAACCCCCAAUUAUUAUACCACCUCAAGUUAAACUACCUGAACCCCGCCCACCCCCUACAAAAAGUAAACCGGAUUUAAGUGCCACUAAGGGUACACAGGUUACACACAAACCUGUAAAACCUGAUUCGCAUACACCUCAUUCAAAACCCUCUCAAACACCUGCUCGCACUAUACCUCCGGAUAAACCUGCCGCAGCUAAACCCACAGCCUCUCAGGGUCCAGCAAUCAAACAUACUUUACCUCCAGUUUCUAGUCCUGCACCUCGUCCUGAGGCUCAUCCUCCUGUCCAACCUGAAUCACAUUCUCCUGCAGUUAUACCAUUUCCGCCCUUUCAGACUCAAACUCCUUCUGAUCCUAACAUUGUUCAUGAGUUCCAUCAAUUAGACAGUACCAAUAAUGAUAGGUGGCUCCAGACAGAACACUUUGAUGGCAUUAAUAUUGAAAAAUCAUUGAAAAAAAUAGAAGACACAUUACAAACAAAAACGGACAAGCAGAGACAAGCAGGGAGUAGUGCUAAAGAUGAUGGAGAAUCCACAAAUAUUACUCUGAUUGGUGGAUCUGUGGGAGGCGGAGUAGCAGGUGUGGGUCUGAUAGGUGGUGGAGCAGUGGCUGCAGUCAAGUAUCCUUUUUUGUUAAUUCCAUCUAUCAAGCCACUAUUGUAA